UCAUCAGAAUAUUACCUCAUCUUUAACAUUUCUCUGCUUACGCAAAAUCUCAUUUGGUGUUUUCUAAUUAUCGAAACUGAUCUCGAAUUCGAUUUUGUAAAGAUCUCUUUCAAUUUCACCAUUCGAGACCCUGACGGUGGUGGUGGUUGAUUGAUCAUGAAGUUUGGCUAUUCUUCUGGUGAAAUUCGAUUCGUGUUAUAAGCAACUGAUAUAGCAAUGUCGAAGCCGAUCUUGCUCGUGUGUCUACUAGUUAUACUUAUAGUGACCUCUCAGUUUGAAUGGAGGCAACCACUUGUUGAGUUAGAUACAGCCACUAACUUGUCUCAGAAACAGCAGCAGAUUUCAGAUAGGGAAGAAGCUGUCAAAGAGAAGAUCAUCAUAUCACAAGAGAGACAUAUCCAGAGGCUAAAUGAGCUUGUGAGGACUCUUCAACUGCAGUUACAGCGAUGCAAAGGAGAAAACGAAACCCAAAAUGCCACAAAAAGCUAUCAUAUCAACAAACAAUUCAUCGAGGUCGAAAGGAAACAAAUCCUAGAAGGCUAAAAACAUUUCUAAAUAACUGAAGUAAAACCACUCUUUAAUUAUUGUGUUGAGAUGUUUGUAUUGUAAUAGUGUAUCUAUGUUUUGUAUUUCAAGAAUACUGAUACAUCAUACAUGAGACACAAGACACCAAUAUAAUUGGAUAACCCUCUCUCACAAA